CUGGAGGUUUUAAUUGCUGGGGUCAAAUUGACCCCGAGGGUAAAAUAUGUUAGUAAAUGUAAAGGUAACAGGAGGGUUAAACAGAGCAUUUUUCUCUUGUUUGUCAACCAUUAACUCCACCAUGAUACAAUCUAAAGGUGGACAGAUUGACAAGUUACUUUUUUUUUGCUCGGUCCCGAUGCGCGCGCACGGAGCUCUGUGGCGCGCCAGACGGAGAUCGAUAAGUGUUAACGCAACGCGUAGAGACAGAGAUGACAUGCUGCUGUGGAGAUACGAUCAACAACAGACGUUUAGUUUAAUAAAAGAACAAAGACGUGCUCUAGAGAACAUGUCAGGGGGCGGGCCAAUCUUUUUAAUGUCAUGCGAUCUACCAACACUACGCCGCGAUCGACUGGCAGGUCGCGAUCGACGUGUUGAGACCCCUGAUCUACAGGAAGUAAAAGUCGUAACAAGGUUUCCGGAGGUGAACCUGCGGAAGGAUCAUUACCGAUGAACAGACCGUCUGCAUGAGAGCGGACAGAGUUCAGAUUGAAGUGGUGUAUUGGAAGCUCAUUUUGCAAGUGACUUUUUUUUCGUCCCAACGACCAACAACAGACGGAUUGGAAGCUCAUUCUGCGCAUGCGUUAAAUGCGUUAAAAAAAAAACUAGUUAGACCUGUAAUUGGAUUAACUGAGUUAACGCGUUAUUUUUCACAGCACUAUUAAUUACAUAUGCUAUAAACAGAGUUUCUCUUAUGGUUUUGUCUUUCUUCACAAAUCAAAGCAAAUGCUUGUUUACAAAGACCACAAACCGUCUGACGGUCUUUAGGCCUAAUGUGAGUCGGCAUAGUCUCACUUUUUACAUACUGAUGAUUGCAGGGUGCUGUACAAGAUGACAUCUUCAGUGAGUAAUGCUGCAUACACACUGUGGUAAAUACUGAUAGGCAGCGCUGUUCAACCGGAGAGCCUUGAUCAGCAAAGGGGGGAAGACUAUUUAGACCAGCCUACUUGUUUUGCACCAGAUGUCCCUGGGAGAGCCAGCGAAGCUGUUGAAGAGAGAGCAGAGUGAGCAUUUGUGUUGUCGGGAUGGCCAGGUGGAGUUUGUGGCGCAGCCGCGUGAUGGUGUCCCUGCCCUGGAUAGGAGAGCUGACAACAGGUGUGCGCUGCGGCAGCAGCAUGCCGGUGGUCCGACAGGUGGACUCACACAGCAGCAGCACCGUCAGGCCUUUUAAUGAGAUUCCUGGACUGUGGAAAAAUGGGGUGGCCAACUUGUAUAAUUUCUGGAAACUGGAUGGCUUCAAAAACCUUCACCGCAUCAUGCUACAGAACUUCAACACUUUUGGACCCAUUUACAGAGAAAAAGUAGGUUACUAUGAAAGUGUGAACAUCAUCAACCCUGAAGAUGCUGCGAUCCUGUUCCAAGCGGAGGGCCAUCAUCCCAGAAGGCUGAAAGUUGAACCCUGGACGUCAUACAGAGACUUCAGGAAUCUCAAAUAUGGAGUUCUAUUAAAGAAUGGAGAGGACUGGAAAUCAAACCGUGUGAUUCUCAACAAGGAGGUGAUUUCCCCGAAGAUGUUGGAGAACUUUGUGCCUUUGCUGGACGAAGUGGGGCAGGAUUUUGUGGCCAGAGUUCACAAAAAGAUCAAGCAAACUGGCCAGAACAAAUGGACCACCGACCUCUCUCAAGAGCUUUUUAAAUAUGCACUGGAGUCGGUGAGCUCCGUUCUGUAUGGGGAGCGUCUCGGUCUGAUGCUGGACUACAUCGAUCCUGAAGCUCAACAUUUCAUUGACUGCAUCACCCUGGUGUUCAAGACCACCUCCCCCAUGCUGUACAUCCCUCCUGCUCUGUUGAGGCGGAUUGGAGCCAAGGUGUGGCGGGACCAUGUGCAGGCCUGGGAUGGGAUCUUCAACCAAGCGGACCGCUGCAUUCACAACAUCUACAGGCAGUUACGUCAGGAAGAUGGCACUUCGAAGAAAUACCCAGGAGUCUUGGCUAGCCUGCUCAUGCUGGACAAGCUGUCCAUUGAAGACAUUAAGGCCAGUAUCACUGAGCUCAUGGCUGGAGGAGUGGAUACUACUUCUAUCACGCUGCUGUGGACAUUGUAUGAACUUGCUCGGCACCCCAGCCUCCAGGAGGAGCUGAGAGCAGAGGUGACCGCAGCCCGGGCUGAAAGCCAGGGAGACCUGCUGGAUAUGCUGAAGCGGAUUCCACUGGUCAAAGGAGCUCUGAAGGAAACCCUGAGGCUACACCCAGUUGCAGUGAGCUUGCAAAGAUACAUCACACACGAUAUCAUUAUUCAAAACUACCACAUCCCGGCUGGGACUCUGGUUCAGUUAGGACUGUAUGCCAUGGGCCGAGACCCCAAAGUGUUCGUUCGUCCGGAGCAGUAUCUGCCGUCCCGCUGGCUGAGGACAGAGACGCACUACUUCAGGAGCCUGAGCUUCGGCUUCGGCCCCCGGCAGUGUUUAGGACGCAGAAUAGCCGAGGCGGAGAUGCAACUCUUCCUUAUCCAUAUGCUUGAGAACUUCCGAGUGGAGAAACAGAGCCACGUGGAAGUGCAGAGCACCUUUGAGCUCAUUCUCUUGCCAGAGAAACCGAUAAUUUUGACUUUGAAGCCUCUACAUUCUAGUCGGUAACGCCAAGUUUACAGAGACAGUCUGUGGUGGCGAAUGAUAAGCCAGGAUCAUUUCUAGGAAGGGCUUCACAAAGCACCACCACGUAUAAACACUGAAGACAAUCUUCCAAUCUGAGAUGUUGAAAACAUUAAGAAAGAAAAAGCCAAAAAUGUGCAAGAACAAAUGACCUCAGUAAAUCAAUAACCAGUGAAUAGUAAUUAUAUAUAUAUUGUUUCUUAUUUGGAGAGUCAUUUGAACAAGGAUGAAAAUGUGCAGUGUGUGUUCAAUAUAAUAAAAAACCUGUGCUUUUUCCCCCAAGUGUGUAAUGACAAAAUAUAAACUCUAAACUGUGAUGAAUAAAAUAAUACAACUGA